GGAGAUGAUAUUGACUGCAUUGUAGUCAAUUCCUUCUUUUCUCCAUUGACCACGACACGACAAGAUCUUUCGAUUCUAAGGUGGAAAGCAUUGGACUUUUCUUCUCUCAAUCGAAGUUCAGCAUCUUUCUUCAACAUUGAGAAACCAGAAACCGCUGUUUCACGAAGGGACAAGAGCUGCCAAGGUUGCGAAAAGUUUAUCCAGGGUUUAAGGUUUCGAGUUUGUGUUUUAUUAUGGGUAAGGAGUAGGAGAAGAAAAGCUCUGUAUCAACAUCACUAUGUGCACAACUUAUAAAUCUGCUUAUCAUCAAUCCUCCAACAAUUUCGCAGGUGGUAUUCAGAGAAUUUUUUAAAGGGUGAAUGGGAUGAAGAAGAAUGUGUUUCAGAGUGGAAAAAUACAGAGCUCGUCUCUCUGAACAUCUGGAGGUGAAACAACUAGUGAGGUUUUUGGAAGAAGAAGCCGAUGCUGGGUUCCAACUUCUACUGAAUCAAGGAAGCGCUUCGGGUAGCAGCAAAGGCUGUCGUUCUUGACUUACAGCCUGAGAUGAAGAUAAUGAAGGAAAUCAAGCUGAAAGGAACUCCUCUAAAAAUCAAGCAGAGGAAGUCUCUUAUCAAGUUUGAACCAGAAGAUGUUGAUGUUGUUGAAUUUAUAGGUUCACCUAUUUGGACUCAGAGUGGAAAUCGGGGGCAUGUUAACGAGGCGGCAAAGAGAGACGGGAUUGCUAAAUGCACGUUUAAGAGGAAAAUGCGUAUGAGUGACAUUGUUUUCAUGCGUGUGUUGCAUGAAGUCGAGGCUGCUCGCGUCUUCAACUCGUUACCAGCCCCGCUGAAACCACAUGAAAUGGGACGGCUUAGACUUGAGCAACGUCGUGGUGUAGAGAUCAUGGAUGUGAAUAUUUGUCCUAUUUUUGGUACAACUGUUUCCCUAGUGAGGAACGAGGCUGGAACCUACAUUGCAACUGACGGGUGUGAGUUUAAAUAUUUGAAUCCAAGAGCAGCACGGAUUCUCAGAAGAUCAGGAAUACCCCAAAAGCCCAGCACCGAGGAGAGGGACAAGAUCUAUGAAAUUAGUGACAAUAUUUUUGCUGUGCCAAGUGGAUGUGGAGGUUGGUUCAAUAAAAUCAUCUACAGAAUGAGCAAUAAAGAUGACCUCAGAAUAUAUCGUAAAGCUAUUGGUAAAGGUGAUGGCAUUCCUCUUACAGCCAAAGAAUGUGCAGAUUACGCGAAACAUCUUUUUGAAAUGCCGUACGAAAAGCUUCCUAGUGAUAUGAAACAGGGUCCUGUUGGAUUUGACUUGAGUCACUACAAGAAAGCAUGGCUUAGGCAACUAAAAUGUUAGCGAGCACCCAAAAGUUUGGUCGGUUUAAGGAUCAAGCUAUUUGUUAAGAGCUGCAGUUAUCUUUUUAUAAGAAAUGAUGUAAAUUGAUCUAUGUGAUAAUAAAACUUGAUUCAAUUUUU